UUAACAAAUGACGUAUAAAUUUCUUCGGACGUCAUUGGGAUCAACUGACCUGAAGCUGGCCGGUUUACAAUCUUCCGGCUUGAUGUUGCGAUGGCGAUACCGGUAAUGGUUCGUUGUCAGCCGCAGAGAAUCCCGUUGGUUUUUUUACUAUCGUUUAUCGUAUGUGUCACUUCAGACGAAGUUGCCGGGGACAGGAGGCUCAAAUUCGUCACUGUGCUAUAUCGCCAUGGGGACCGAUCUCCAAUCAAAGCAUACCCCAAUGAUCCUUACCAUGAGAGCAUGUGGCCUCAGGGCUUUGGGCAACUCUCACAGGAAGGGAUGAGACAGCAUUUUGAGCUGGGGCAGAUGCUGCGGCAGCGCUACAGAGGCUUUAUCAAUGGCUCCUACAACAGACACGAGAUUUUUGUGCGUAGUACAGACUAUGACCGGACCCUGAUGAGCGCCGAAGCAAACCUGGCUGGAAUGUACCCUCCUAAUGGUUCACAGGUGUUUAACCCCAACCUCAGCUGGCAACCCAUUCCUGUGCACACAGUACCCAUGGCUGAGGAGAGGCUUUUGUCAUUCCCUCGAUCCAAGUGUCCUCGUUACGAGAAUCUCAUCAAGGAAACUAAGCAGACAGAGGUGUUCCUCAAUGUGACCAGAGCCUACAAAGAUUUUGUGGAUAUGGUGAGCAAGAAUGCAGGCCUGAAGGACAACAACAUCGAAUCAGUAUGGAGCAUCCACGACACCUUGUUCUGUGAGGCAAUGCAUAACCUGUCGCUUCCAGCCUGGGUGACCCCUGAGGUUAUGAAGAAGCUGAAGAAUCUGAAAGACUUCAGUUUCCAGGUCAUGUUUGAGGUCUACAAACGGGAGGAGAAAUGCCGACUACAAGGAGGUAUCCUUCUCAAUCAAAUUGUGAAAAACAUCUCUGAGGCUGCAGACUCUAAAUCAAAUUGGCCUCUGAAGAUGAUGAUGUACUCAGCGCAUGACACUACGUUAGUGGCACUGCAGUCGGCGCUGAAUGUGUUCAAUGGGAAACAGCCCCCAUACGCCUCUUGCCACAUUUUUGAAUUGUUCCAGGAAGACAAUGGGUCAUUCUCAGUGGCCAUGCAUUACCGUAAUGACAGCACAAAGGAGCCCUACCCUCUAAGACUGCCAGGCUGUGCCCAGUACUGCCCCCUGCAGGACUUCAUCCACAUUACUAAGCCUGUCAUUCCUGAGAACUGGGAGAAGGAGUGCCAGGAAGCACCGGACAGGAAGGAUACAGAGGUGAUCAUCGGGCUGACACUGUUCAGCUGCCUGCUGCUCUUUCUCAUCAUUCUCCUCUUCACGGUCCUGUGCCGGAAGCGGGACAGGGAGGACAACUACAGCCACCUAGUAGACCAGGGUGAAGAGCACUCAUGAUCAUUGUUAUAGCUCUUCAGGAACCAUGAGCUAUGGCACAGCAGGGAGGACCUGUGAACCCCCCACCUCCUGGAGCACAGGUGCUUGGGCUCUUGAACAGGGGAAAGGGUGAAGACUAUUUUUAUAGGGGAACCAGUACCAGUACCCCCAGUACCCUAGACACAGAUAUAGACAUACAGUGAAACAGGUGAGGGGUCUAAGCCCCAUUCUUUGUGUAUUGACUUGAAGGGCAUGUUUUGUGAUGGUUGGUACAUGAGAGAGCUCA